AUGACAGCCGCCGUCCUGGCACGCCCGACGCCGGGCAACGUCCAGUGCUUCGGCAGGAAGAAGAGCGCCGUUGCCGUGGCCCACUGCAAGCCCGGCCGCGGCCUCAUCAAGGUCAGCGGCUCGCCGAUCGAGCUCAUCCGUCCCGAGAUGCUCCGCCUCAAGGCCCUGGAGCCGAUCCUGCUCGCCGGGAAGUCCCGCUUCAAGGGCAUCGACAUGAGGAUCCGCGUCCGCGGCGGCGGCAAGGUGAGCCAGGUCUACUCGAUCCGCCAGGCCAUCGCCAAGGCGCUCGUCGCCUACAACCAGAAGUACGUCGACGAGGCGGCCAAGAAGGAGGUCAAGGAGAUCCUCGGCCGCUACGACCGCACGCUGCUCGUCGCCGACCCGCGCCGCUGCGAGCCCAAGAAGUUCGGCGGCCGCGGCGCCCGCGCACGCUUCCAGAAGUCGUACCGUUGAGCUCCCCUGUCGGACGAGACCCCUCGUCUUUUUGCGUAUUAUGCUAUCUUAGGUUAAUGAUGAGAUCGGAUGUCCUGAUAGGUUUUGUUACUUGUUUCGACCUGUUUGAGCUUGAUUUUUAGUUGAACACAAGAUAGAUGAUGAAUCUUUAUAUAAUCCAGUGAUGUGAUAUUCCAAUCGUACCUUUUGUGGAGUGCUGUGUUUAUAUUGGA